UCCUUCCUUCUCUCUCUCCCCCCUCAAAAGCUUUGAAGCGCUCAAGUUAAAAGCUGAAACAAAAACCAGAGCCUGCUUUGCCAUACGUGCUUCGGUGGUGUGCUUUAAUCAUCGCAAGGUCUCUGUGAAGGCUUGAAGGGAAGAUAAUUUCCAUGUGCAGCGGUUCCAAGAGGAAACCCUCUCAAGCAGGUUUCGUUAUGGAGGAUGAAUAUGGGAAAGAAGAGGGGCUGCAUCACAAUACUUAUGUCUUGCUUGAACUUGCAGCCUCAGAUGAUGUUGCGAGUUUCAAAGAUGCAGUUGAGCAAGAGGGUCUUGAUGUCGAUGAGGCUUGCCUGUGGUAUGGUAGGAGGAUUGGCUUAAACAAAUUGAGCUAUGAAGAGAGGACUCCUCUCAUGAUUGCUGCCAUGUUUGGAAGCAAGGGCGUGCUAAGUUAUAUACUCGAAACCGGUCAUGUUGAUGUUAACAGGACUUGUGGAGGAGAUGGGGCUGCAGCCCUUCAUUGUGCUGUUGCUGGGGGUUCAGCCUCAUCCCCUGAGGUUGUAAAGCUUUUGCUUGAUGCACGUGCAGAUGUUAGUGCCGUUGAUGCUAAUGGUAACCAACCUUGUGACUUGAUUGUUUCUGGGGCUAAUUCGAUCUUCAAUUCAAGGAAGAGGAUCCUUCAAACCAUACUGAAAGGUAAGGAUGUUAUUGAUGGGGCAUGUCUCCCAUUUGAGGAUACCGUUAGCCAGAUGGAGCAACAGAAACAGCCAGAGAUGGCUGCAUCUCAUGUUUCGAAAGAUGUGACUGAGAAGAAGGAUUAUCCUAUUGAUCUCUCUCUUCCUGACAUAAAGAGUGGGAUUUAUGGUACUGAUGAGUUUAGGAUGUAUACAUUCAAGGUAAAGCCUUGCUCAAGGGCUUAUUCUCAUGAUUGGACUGAGUGCCCCUUUGUUCAUCCAGGGGAAAAUGCUAGGCGACGGGAUCCUAGAAAGUAUCAUUAUAGCUGUGUCCCUUGUCCAGAGUUUCGGAAGGGAUCAUGCAGCAAGGGAGAUGCCUGUGAAUAUGCACAUGGUAUUUUUGAGUGCUGGCUUCACCCAGCCCAGUAUCGCACACGGCUUUGCAAGGAUGAGGGUGCUUGCACCAGAAGGGUUUGCUUUUUUGCUCAUAAGCCUGAGGAGCUUCGCCCCUUGUACCCUUGCACUGGGUCAGCUAUACCUUCUCCCAGAUCAUUUUCAUCUAGUUCUUGUUCAUUGGAUAUGGGAUCGCUUAGCCCACUCUCACUGGGUUCGUCAUCUGUCAUGAUACCUCCAGUCUCAACACCACCUCUUACUCCUUCUGGUGCAUCUUCUCCUGUUGGUGGAACCAUGUGGCAGGCCCAAUCUAAUGGUGGGGUCCCUACCCUGCAACUGCCAAGAAGCAGACUAAAAACUGCUUCAAGUGCUAGAGAUGUCGAUUUAGAUAUUGCAUUACUUGGACUUGAAAAUCAACGCCGUAGGCAGCAGAUGAUGAUGGAUGAGAUUUCUGGUCUUUCCUCGCCAUCAAGCUGGAGGAGUUCUGUGCCUGAUAGUCAUUCUUUUCCUGUCUCUUUCAGUGAUCACGCUGGGGAGUUGAAUAGGUUUGCAGCAAUGAAGCCUACCAACCUUGAUGACAUUUUUGGGUCAGUUGAUCCAACAAUUGUGCCUAAAUUACAGGGAAUUUCACUCGACACUGCUGGACCUCAGUUGCAAUCUCCAACUGGGUUCCAGACGCGUCAGAAUGCAAACUUGCAUCUGCGAAGCUAUUCUUCUGGCCUUUCCAAUUCAAAUGGGAUGGGAUCGCCGUCUUCUGUGAAUGAUCCAUCUGUAUCAUCAGCAACCACAAUGGCCUUGAAUGCACGACUUGCUGCCUUUUCUAAGAGAAGCCAGAGCUUUAUUGAGCGCAGCGCAGUAAACUGGCACCCAGAGCUUUCCUCUCCGGUUUCUUCAACGACAAAGGCUUCUGCCUUAUCAGACUGGGGAUCCCCUGAUGGAAAGUUGGACUGGGGCGUCCAUGGUGAAGAGUUCAAUAAGCUGAGGAAAUCCGCUUCUUUUGGAUUUCGAAGCAGUAGGAGCACCCCAGUUCCAGCAAAUCUCGCUGAACCGGAUGUUUCUUGGGUUCAUUCACUUGUAAAGGAUGCUGCGCCGCAAGAAUCCGGUCAAUUUAGUGUUGAAGAACAGCAAAAGCAGCAACUGCAAUGCCAUCGUAAAAAUGGAACAGAUGCAGUUCCAGCUUGGAUGGAACAAAUUAACAUUGAGCAGGAGCAAAUGGUAGCAUGAAUGCAUUGUAAUUUCUUGCAUCAGCUCUCUUUCCUGUUGUGUUUAACAAGUAUAUCUAUUCAAUCAUCUUCAAAAUUCUAUAGAAAUUCAUUAUAUUUAGGCGAAAAUUUGUAGAAAGUAUAGUACAAUAAAUUCUCAGGGAAACAAUAAACUAGUUGGGCAGGACGCAAGUUCUAUGCUACACCAACCACUUGUUACUAGGAUAAUUGAUUCCAUUUCUUCUUUUCUAUUCCUGUAUUCCUAUUUUAGUUUGGUUCUAUUGAGUUGUAAUCUUAAAUUGACCGAGAAUGAAACAAGCUGUAGUGAGAUUAUGUUGUUGAUAAAUUCGCUGUGCCAAUUUGUUUCUUUGAA